AUGGCUGGCGGUAUCUUGCCUAAUACACUCUCGGGUCAUUCCGCUCAACUAUUGGCUGCUCGGUCUGUGUCCUCCUAUCCUGCUGGUGCUACAACAUGUGAAACGCAGGUCUGCAAGAACACGGCUCAUUCCAUUCUUCAUGAUCUGGAUCUCAAUGUUGAUCCGUGCAGUGAUUUCUACCAAUAUACAUGUGGAAAUUGGAUCCAGGAUCACCAAAUCCCUGACUCUGAAUCAUCUGUUGGUAGUUUCAACAAUCUUCACAAUGCCAACCUGGAUGGCCUUGCUGUUAUGUUGGAUGGUACUUAUGAGGACCUUCUUCAAGGCAUUCCCAACCGAGAAAACUCUAUUCUGGACGAUACGCAAAUCGACAAGGACCGUGAUAACUUUAACAAGAUCAAGGAUUACUACAGAUCCUGCAUGGACGAGGGCACCAUCAAUAGCUUAGGCCCUACUCCCAUCUACCCCGAACUCUCUCAACUGCUCUCCAAGCUCGGUUACAACCAGGACUUUGUCGAUAGUCGCUUUACCUCGGACCAUGUGCAUCAAUUCACAGACGCAUUGAUCCAUCUCGGUACACAAGGUGUUGAAAGCUUGAUCUCGUAUGGCGUGGGUAUUGACGAUCAAUCGCCUGAUGAGAGUGUCAUCGUUUUAGACCAACCUUCCUUGGGCCUGCCUUCUCGCGAGUACUAUGAGCAGCCUGAAAUCAUUGACAGCUAUCGAGCUGGUCUCACCUCUUUGAUCAAAGCUGUCUUGGGUCAGCCUCAAGGAGACACUGCUACUGAUAACUUGCGUCGUGACAAGAUGAGAGAGCACAACUUGAUGAUGUUGAACGACGUGGAUAUUGAGUACAUGGUGGAUAGAUUCAUUGAGUUUGAGUCGCAUUUAGCCAAGUUGACCUUGCCAAAUGACCAACUUCAAAAUCCAAUUGACCUGUACAAUCCCAAGUCGAUUGCUGAACUCCACCAAAUCUAUCCUAUUGUUGACUGGAUCCAACUCUUGAGACACUUUACGCCUAGCGAUGUCUCUUUGCCUGGCCGUGUUAUCGUCUCUACACCUCGUUUCAUGAAGGAACUGACUGACUGGUUGAUCAACAGCGCUGAUCGUGACGAUGGCGCUACAACGCAAUCCAUACGCGAGUUCUUUACCAUCAAGACCAUCUUGGCCAACGUCGGCAACGUCGACAAGGAUACGCGUGAAAUCUACCGCAACAUGAACAGCAAGAUUGCCAGUGGUACGACAGCUCCUCCCGAACGUUCGCGUGUUUGUGUCCGUGCCACUAGCAAUACGUUUGGUCAACUCCUGGGCCGCUACUUUGUCAUGAAACACUUUGGUGGUGAGGUCCAACGUGAGCAAGUGGCUUCCUUUAUCAACAACAUUCAAUCUACGUGGUCUGAGCGUUUGAAUCAAGUGGACUGGUUGGAUGCUGUUACACGGGCCAAGGCGGUCGAAAAGGUCAACAAGAUCAAUCACAAGGAAGCUUAUAGUGUGGUGACUCCAGACGUGCGUUCUGCUGACUCGUUGGCCAACUACUAUGCUGACAUCAACAUUGAUGUGAUCAACUUUUAUGGCAACCAAAAGUCUGCUCUCUUGUGGGACAUCAAUAAGAAUUGGAAUCAAAUCGGUCAAAAGGUGGACAAGUCCGUCUGGCACAUGGAUCCUCAUGAAGUCAAUGCUUACUAUUCUCCCGUCUUUAAUGAGAUUGUCAUUCCUGCUGGUAUAUUGCAGUCGCCUUUCUAUCACUCUGAAUUGCCUAGCUAUCUCAAUUACGGUGGUAUUGGUGCUGUUAUUGGCCAUGAAUUUACACAUGCCUUUGAUAACUCUGGCCGUCUUUACGAUGGUGAUGGCAAAUUAAACACUUGGUGGUCAGAUACUACGUCCGAGGCUUUCGAGGCAAGAAGUCAAUGCUUUAUCAACCAGUACAACUCCUUCUCCGUCCAAGGGCCCAACAAUACGUCUUACAAUGUCAAUGGAAAGAUGACUCUCGGCGAAAACUUGGCUGACAAUGGUGGUGUCCAUGCUGCUCUUACUGCCAUGCGCAAAUCUUUGCAACAGAAUCCCGAUCAAAACAUGAUCCUUCCUCAACUGGAUCACUUGUCUCCCGAACAGUUGUUCUUUAUCAACUUUGGUCGUGUCUGGUGUUCUAAUAUGCGUCCUGAAAUGGCUGUCCAAAGAAUCCGUGGUGAUGUCCACUCGCCUGCUAAAGUCAGAGUCAAUGCUGCUGUUCAGAACAGCCCUGAUUUCGCUGAAGCUUUCAAGUGUGUCAAUAAGGAACAAGGCAUGAAUCCUGCCAACAAGUGCUCCAUCUGGUAG